AUGUCCUCCACCAACAACGCAGCCCACCAGGCGUUCCUCGCCCUUUUGCGUCGCGGUUUUGGCGACAACGAUACCGCGCUACUCCUUGGCGGGAUGACUCCCGAUAACCAAACUCACCUUGUGGAAGGCAUAGGUAGCACGAUUGAUCUCUCGGUUGCCGAAGCUACGGCCGCCCAGAAGAUCACGCGCCUCACGCGUGCUUCGGAGUCGGAAACACCAUCGACUUCUCGCCUGAAGUCGAUCAAGCUGGAUGUGGCCAAAUUCGGCGGAGCGGAGACGGAAAAACUCCUCCGCUGGCUUCUACAAGUCAGCACUGCUGCUGACUCUCAGCGUAUCUCCGACGACGCCACCCGUGUAGCUUUCGCGAUGUCGCAUUUGAAGGGUCGUGCGGAAGAUUGGGCGUUCUCCAAACGCUUGACGGACCGCCACUGCUUCCCAUCUUUCGCGGUCUUUGAGACCGAACUCAAGGCAAUGUUCCUGUCACCCAACAGCGACUUUCGCUAUCGCUCGCAAUAUCUGGCUUGCAAGCAAGGGAAACGCUCCCUUCAAGAAUUCAUCCAUGAUCUGCGCUUCCUGGCUGCGAACAUUAACGAUGAAGAGUCACUCCCAGAGGCCCUACAGGUGACCGUUUUCAUGGACGGUCUCAACCAAGGCCCGGCACGCACACAGUUGUUUCGCGCCUACCCGGACACCUUUGAAGAAGCCGUCCGAAUCGCGCUUUCGGAAUCAUUCUCUUCCUCCUUGGCGCACACACGCGCGGCGUCCUCAGACAUGGAUGUCUCCAUGCUCGCCCAGGCAUCGGACGACCGCACCUGUUUCAAUUGCGGUCACCCAGGACACUUCUCCCGCGCAUGCCCGGCCCCUCGCCGUGUAGCGUCAGCCGCCCCACCCUCGCACGGUUCCUCCCGUACCGCGCCCGAUAUCCCUUCGCGUCGCCCUCCGAGCGGUCCACGUAACCGCUUCAAUCGUGAACGCCAUGGUGGCUCACGCCCACCAUUCCGCCCCGCUCCGAGCUCGAGUGCGGCGGGAAACGGUCGCUCCCAGUAG